AUUUGAACACAUUUAUUAACCAACUUUAGAAAGAUAGUUGUAAAAAACACUACAUUAAGAAUAUGGCUGGAAAUUCAAGCCAAGCUGUUGAACAUGACGCUAAAACAAGAGGAAUUAUUCUUCAUAUUGUGGAGAAGAUCAAAAGAGAAGGUGUAUUUGACCGGUUCAGACGAGAUUGUUUGGAAGAACUUGAUAGUAAGGAGCCAUACCGGCAACUAAAGCAAAGAGUGGAGAGUCAUGUUGCCACAUUUCUAUCAAAACAAACCUUUAGUGCAAACCUGCCAAAGAAUCAGCUUCGAACAAGUCUCAGAGCAAACAUAAAUCAGUCGGAGGUUUUAUCAAAAGGGGUUGACCGUCUACUUGAGCAAGUUCUGGUUGAGAAAAGUGGCAGUUUUUACAAAGAAAUUGAAAACCUUGUUGAGGAACAUCUUAUAGAAACAGGUCACUACACAAGAUAUGACAAGGACAAAACUCAGAAAUCUGACAGCCAGCCAAGAUCUGAAUUUACAAAGCUAAGUGACAAGGAAGUUGAAGAUAUCAUUAGACAAGAGACAGACAGAUUUCUUGAAGCAAGUGCAGAUGAAAGAUCACAGGAAUCUGAUAGAGGCUCAAUGGCAGAGACCCCACCACCUGGAACAAGCGGAGAGAUUAUUGAAGUUGAAACAGUUAUCAGCACUGGCAACAAUGCUGUAGAAACAUCUCAGGCUUUUACAACAAAUGUUGUAGCAACCCUAAAACCAGCUCCAGAGCUCAUCUCUGCAGAAGUAUCUGAGUCAAAAGCAUCUGUUACUACGGAUAAAACUGAUGCAAUGGCAAUGAACAUUUCUGCAGAAGAUGACAACGAAACACAUCCAGGUUCUCACAAAGAACAAGAAAAUGUUAAUCAUACAUCAAAAUCUUACUAUUUAACAAGUACAAAAGGUAAUGCUAAAGAAACUGACGGAAUCUCGCGACCUCUUGCCACUUUUGAGGCUAUUUCAACCAGAGCAUCUUCAACUAGCGAAUCCAGGAAACCCACGGUUGUUGACGCUAGCAUGACUGAAUCUAAACGAAUUUCAGACAAGAAGCUCCCGGGAAUCGAAAAAUCAGACGUAAUCAAAAAAGCUGGAGAAAACACCCAAGUUAGAGGCGUUCUAAUCCCGCAAACAAAAAUGAAAGAAAAGCAAGAUUUCAAAGAGGGAACUCUGAAGGAAACUUUUAAUCCCGGGAGUAAGAUGGAUGAACGUAAAACAGACGUGAUGGUAACUAACGAUAAAAUAGAAAACACAGAAAGCUCGACAUUACAAAUUGCCCAACCAGAAACAAGCCAUUUAAAAAUUGAUGAUAAAUCGUCCAAACAAUUGACACCAAAAGUGGGAAAAGCAGAAUUGACUAAAGCGGAGUUUUCAUUGAAGGAUGUCGACAGACAGGAAGUUGCCAAGUCAAAGGUCGCUAAGGCGGAAAUUGCAACACUUCAAGUGAGUAAACCAAAAGAGGAGAAAGAACAGGAAGCGAACGAGAAAGUUACAAAACAAACCGCAGAAAUACAACAGAAAGAGGUCUCAAAGAAACCAAUUUCGAUGCCAAAUCUUUUCUCAACCGACGAAGAAACAGACGACGAUUCAGAGAUACCGAAAGCUAAAAUUUCUGAAAUUAUUUCGGGACAUAAGCCUGACAAAAGCAAGGUUAAAAUCUCGGAAAUUGAUAUCGCAGAGUUGUCAGAUUCAGACAUCACCGUGAGCUCAGUUCAUACAAGCGAUCUUUCGUCAUUGGAGGACAGCGAUAUGGAGUAUCAAGAUUACCAGGAACAGGCAAUGAAGAAAAACAAAGAGAUGAAAUCUGCUGAAUCUGGCGAAGACGCUCAGUUUGUUGAUGAUAAAUCUGGUGCAGCUGCCGGUGAUGAUAUGGUGACGAGGUCAGAUGGUUGUCAUGACCCCGAUGAGAGAAUGGAAUUUGAUGAUGACAAGAAUAGCGAAGUCUGUGAAGACGACGAACUUUGCAAGAAUGAAGUCGAGAAGCAUACUGAUGAAUAUGAUACUGAAAGUAAAAGCAUUACCAACCAAUCUGGUGCUGGUACCAGCGAGAAGAUUGAUGGUGAUUCUGGCGCAGUUACCACCAUUGAUUCCAACGAGGAACCUGACAUAAACUCCGGAACAUGCAUCUCUGGCCAAAUAAUUGACGAUGAAAAAGGUUCCGGAUUCGGUUGCCGAUGAAAACGUCAGCGGUAGCAAAGCGGAAGAUUGCAGUUCGGAUGAACCUAAGUCUGUGACCAGCGGAGGUUCAUCACCAGAAGAUACAGAAGAUGCAAUUCUAACCAGUGGUAAGGAUAUUGAAGCAACCAAACCCCAGGUACCAGCAAGUGAUGAAGUUGUGUUCAAACCAAUAAAACUACCACAAGGGAUGAUUUCAGAAGAUAGUGAAGCAUCAAUUGCACCAACCACAGACGAUACGUCGGACAAUGAAACCAAGGUGGACGAUACGGAUAUUAGAAACUCAGGAAAGCGAAGACAUUCUCGUCGUAUUUCAACGAGCCAGGAAAGUGAAAGUUCAAAUGACACUUCCACUCCAACAGAAGAACAGAAAGACGUGACUCCUCACCGUCGUUCUGCCCGUGUCGCCUCGAAAGAUAAGACAAAACCAGAUGAAAAAGGUGACCAUCGCCAAGGAAAUUCACAGAAAACUGAGGAAGGUCUUGAUGCGUCCAGAAAACUGCGUCGUACGAGAUACUCUCAAGAUAAAACAGGCGAAGCAAAAGCAUCCAGGUCCAAAGAGGAGAAACCUGAGAAACGCACCUCAAGAGUGACAAGUGAUAGCACUGAUUCAGAUAUUAAACCAGCCAAGAGAUCUAAAAGAACUGUCAAACCAACCAGAUGCUAUUCACCCAGUGAAAACAGUUAAGGUGUUAGAGAUUUUAUGCAUAAAAAGAACAUCUUAAAGGUACACACAACUCAAGUACAAAU